AGCAGCGCGACCUGCCCCGGCUCCGGCAGCAUGUCUACGACAGAGAGCUCCGGCCGAUCUGCGGACAAGGACCCCCGGCAGCAGGUGGACCGUCUUCUCUCAGGGCUGCGAUGGAGGCGGCUGGAGGAACCACUGGGAUUCAUCAAAGUUCUUCAGUGGCUCUUUGCUAUUUUCGCCUUCGGGUGCUGCGGCUCCUACAGCGGCGAGACAGGGGCAACGGUGAGAUGCAACAACGAAGCCAAGGACAUGAGCUCCAUCCUUGUUUUAUUCGGCUAUCCCUUCAGGUUGAACCGGGUCCAGUAUGAGAUGCCCCUCUGUGAUGAAGAAUCCACCUCCAAGACCCUGAACCUCAUGGGAGACUUUUCGGCCCCUGCUGAAUUCUUUGUAACCCUGGGAAUUUUCUCCUUCUUCUACACCAUGGCUGCUCUGAUUCUUUACCUUCGUUUCCACAACCUGUAUACUAAGAACAAGCGUUUUCCUCUGGUGGACUUCUGUGUGACUGUCUCCUUCACCUUCUUCUGGUUGGUGGCAGCGGCAGCAUGGGGCAAAGGCCUGACGGAUGUGAAGGGGGCCACUCGGCCUUCUAGUCUGAUUGCUGCCAUGUCAGUAUGCCAUGGGGAUGAGGCUGUCUGCAGUGCUGGGGCCACCCCCUCCAUGGGGCUUGCCAACAUCUCUGUGCUCUUUGGUUUCAUCAACUUCUUCCUGUGGGCUGGGAACUGUUGGUUUGUGUUCAAGGAAACCCCGUGGCAUGGGCAGGGCCAGGGCCAGGACCAGGACCAGGACCAGGACCAGGACCAGGAUGCCAGCAAGGAGAGUGCAGCUGAGCAGGGCGCUGUGGAAAAGCAGUAGUUAGCCUGUCUGCCUCUCUCCUGUCCAGCUCCCGACGGACAGCACCUCCUCCCCCGGCUUCUUCGGCUUCCUUCCAGGACUUCCCUCCUCUUGUACCUCUCCCCUCCUUGCUGAUUCUUCUGGGCUAGGUGCUCGGGGACAAAGGAUGGGCCGGCGCCCCACCUACCUCCCCGGGGGCAAUUAUCCCUCUGAGUUCCCCAUCUCUCCCUUUCUGUUCACGGGCAGGGUCCCAGGCUGGGCGGGAACUCAGCACUGUGUGUUUUCUGCCUGGCCCAGGUGGUCUUACUCAUCUAGCUGAAUCUGAGAAUCAGUGUCCUGCUGAACAGGGGCAGGUGGGAGGACGGGGGAGGGGCAUGCAGCAGCACUGAGUCUGUUCCCUUUAGUAUCCUCCAGGGAUGGCCCAGCCCAGCUCCAAUAGUAAAGGGUUGGGGGGAGUAGAAAGGUACAAGAGAGGUGCUGGAUGGUGGCUUCUCCCUCCCACCGAAGGGCCCAGCAGUGAUUUGUCUGCCUUUUCUCAGCUGCGGUGGGUCAGCCUCUGUGUCCCCUCUCAUCUUCAUUCAAACAAGUUUCGCCUGUUACUUCCAUUCACCUCUCAGGUCUCUGUUUCCCAGGGGCCAAUCAGUGUGUACUGUCACCCAGGCAGGUCCCUGGGGCCUCUUACCCUUCCCUUCCCCUGGGCCCACCUAUUUGCGCAGAUCAAGAGAGGCAAAGGCUAUGGAAGGAGAGCUGGAUAUUUCCUCCCUGCCUAGACAGAUAGGAAGGAACACAGGGUCCUGAGCACACCGAGUUCUGGC